AGGAUUUUCCGGAAGAAUGUGCUUCGAGCUCUGAUGCAACUGAUUGUUAUGGUUUCGCUUGUGAAGGAUCACUAGAUACUGCGUCCUUAAAUGAGCGUUUUUGAUCCGUUUCGUGGGUUUUUCGGGGUUCCCGGUGAUCAUUAUCGCGAUGAUGGCCGCAGGGACCCUUUCUUCGAUGGGAUGAUUCACAAAGACGAUGAGGAGGACGGUGGAUUUCACCACAAUGACUUUAAUAGGCCCCAUCAGGACCCGUUAGAUGAUGCCUCCAGAUUCGGUUUCAGUUUUGGGCCUGGCGGGAUGCGCUUCGAGGAACCUCAGCUGUUCGGCCAGAUCUUCAGGGACAUGGAGGAGAUCUUUGCCAGUUUAGGCCACCUUGAUGAGCAUAAAGGCAUUGGACACAGAGGUGCUCCAUCAGUAGAAGCUCUGCCUCCUCAGGAAGGUGCUGAGAAAGGCAGGGGUCAGACAGGAAGUAGUAACCCGAUUAGAGAUUUCAUGUUGAAGUCUCCUGACAGCCCACCCCUUCCUCCCCCCUCCAAGGCACCAAAGGACAGGGAUGCCUCUUCUCCACAGGAUCCCUGCAGCCGCUUUCCUCAGCAGAGACCCUUCUCAAAGUUUCAUGGUCUUUGGAAAGAUGGCCUUUUAAAACCAAAAGAGGGAGAGAAAAAAGAGGAUGGAGAUCUGGACUCACAGGUGUCUUCAGGUGGUCUGGAUCAGAUCUUGACUCCAGCACCUUCACAGCCAAAAUUAAGUUCGACUUUUAAGUCUGUUAGUGUCACCAAGGUGGUCAGACCAGAUGGAUCGGUAGAAGAAAGGUGAACAGUCAGAGAUGGUGAAGGUAAUGAAGAGACUACGGUGACCAUCUCCGGUCCAGUUGUUCGAGACGGGACACAAGAUCAGUCUGGUCCACUCAUGCCAGGUGGAUUGAACCCUUCUGUUGACAUGCAGGAUCAUUUCUCAGAGUUUUCGAAGUUCUUCAGAGGCUUUCGAGGCUGAAUAAUCAGUGGACGCAAUCCAACGGAUGAUCUCUUUGCAUCCUUUCCCAGGAAAUUCACCAACUGCAAGCUAUGAGAAUUAUUAGUUGAUUUUACAUGGUUCACACUGAUUGAAUUGUUCAUUGUCAAUGUGGAGAUCCAUUCUUAAUUAUUUGAGUGAAUAACUUAUAUUUGCUGCCACAGAUUGACCCUAGUAAUUUUGCCUACUGUAUUUCAUUCAGUAAACCCUUUAUUGAGAAUAGUUUAGGAAUUGUAUUAACAUUGAACCUUGGGUUAGUCGUUGAAGCUGCAGUGUUCUGAAAAGGACUGACUGACAAUUAUAGUUUGCUGGUAAAGAAGAGCAGAUGAUAAGACAGAGUUUAAUAUAUUUGUGAAUUGUAUUUUCAGUGUUACAUAAAGAAAUGAAACAGA